AUGGAGAAUUCUGACACUCUAUUGCGUGAUUUGAAAAACCGGCGUAAACUCAUCAAAGCAUCAAUCACUCGCAUUGAAAACUUCGUGGCAGACCCUAUCAAUUUGGGGUCGUCUCCUGAAAUGUUUGCGGCGAGACGAGAUCGACUAACAAACAUAUUUAAAGAAUACGAAGAGGUACAAUUAAAUAUAUUAUCUUAUGACGAUAAAGAUGUGGAAGAUGUGGGCAUCAUAGAAGAUAGGUACUUUAAUGUAAUGUCAAAAAUAACCUCAAUUUUAAAGAAGUUAACUCAGACAGAUUCUAUGUGCACAAAUGUAUCCAAUUCUAAGCUGCCCAAUAUCGAAAUUCCGUCAUAUGAUGGCAGGGACUUCACCAAAUUUAAGCCUUUUAUUGAUUUGUUUUUGGCAGUAAUACAUAACAAUAGUUCAUUGUCCGAUGUACAAAAAUUAUUUUAUUUAAGAAAAUCGUUAACUCAUGACGCCUUAUCUGUCAUUGAGAACUUACCUCUUGUGAAUCAAUCCUACAAAGAGGCCCUAGAAUUGUUAAAUAAACGGUUUGAUAAUGAGGCAAGAUUAAUCUCUAAUCAUAUUAAUAUAAUUUUAGAGUUACCUUGUAUGCAGAAAGGUACUGCGGCCGCUAUACGGUCAUUUAUAUCAGGGGUACAGCAACAAAUGUAUGCAUUAAAAAAUUUAGGGCAGCCAGUCCAACAUUGGGACAUGCUGUUGAUAUCCAUACUUACUAAAAAAUUAGACCAGUAUACAAAUAGGGCUUUCCAAUUAGAUAGGGAUCCCAAUACACUGCCAACAAUGGUAGAUUUUAUUUCAUUUUUAGAACGGCGUGCUAUGGCGCUGGAAGACAGUGGGGAUAAAAGUAGCACUAUUACUUCAAAUAAAUCUCCCACUGCACAUAAUAAAGUCAGCAAUAUUGCUACUACUAGUAAUAAGUCUAAUAAGCUGUGCUUGUUUUGUCAAGGUACCGGCCAUGCUAUACAUGGCUGUCCUCGCUUCAAGCUGGCCGCCUUAGAGGACCGCUUGCGAGCCACAAUACGCUUCUGCACAAAAAUAAUAGUUCUCAUGAGAAUCAUGAGGAACCUGUAA